UCAGCAGCCCCUGUCUUCAGCUCUGCAGUGCGGAGCUCAGUCAUCAGGAUUCGCUGUUGCAAAGGCCACAGGUCAGCCUGCCUCCGGCACCCAGGCCCGGGGCUCAGCUCUGGGUGUGCACGGCCUGCCCCGUCCUCCCGGGGUGUGCCCAGUGCCACAGGUGAGGAGGGGGACGCCGAGGGCACCGCUCCUUUAAGGCGAUGUCACAAGGCCGCGGAAGUGGUGGAACCCCGGCCCCGGCAGAACCCGGGGCCACCGUCGACCGCCUCAUGGGGCCCCGGGCCCACACGUGAGCAGAGGCCGCCAUGGCAGAGGGCGGGGAGCUGAUGAGCCGGCUCAUGAGCGAGAACGCGGACCUCAAGAAGCAGGUGCGGCUCCUCAAGGAGAACCAGAUGCUCAAGCGGCUGCUGAGCGAGAGCUGCCAGGACGGCGGCCCCGGGCCCGGGCGAGACCUGCUCUUCCCCAGGGGGCCCGGCUACCCCGAGGCCAGCUCGCCCGGGGCCGGAGGCCCAGACUUCGGACGGUUUGCAGGCGUGGUGGACGUGCCAGCCCAGCUGCAGGCCCAGUCCUCCCUGGAGGACCUGCUGUGCUCCCACGCGCCCCUGUCCAGCGAGGACGAGACCUCCCCGGGCUGUGCCAGUGCCUCCCCAACGCCCUUCAAGGCUUUUCUGGCAUCUCCGGCCCGCAGUGUUGAGCGUAAGCUGUCGCCCCUGCUGGGCCCCCUGCACGACCCGCUGGACAAGGCCCUGCUGGAGCCCCGUGACGCCACACGGCCCAAGAAGGUCUGCUUCUCCGACAGCGGGCUGCCUGCGGGUGACCGGGGCCGGCGCAGCUACUACCUCAACGGUGAACCGGCGGGCGACGGGCAGGCGGAGAUCCAGAGCUUCUCGGGUGCCGAGAAGGACGGACGCAUCGUGGGUGAGAUCGCCUUCCAGCUGGACCGCCGCAUCCUGGCCUACGUCUUCCCGGGGGUCACGCGGCUAUACGGCUUCACCGUGUCCAACAUCCCCGAGAAGAUCAGGCAGACGUCCAUCAAGUCCCUGGACGGCGCGGUGGACGAGAAGAAGCUGCGGGAGCUGACCCAGCGCUACCUGGCGCUCACCGCGCGGCUGGAGAAGCUGGGCUACAACCGCGAGGUGCACCCGGUGUUCAGCGAGUUCCUCAUCAACACCUACGGCAUCCUGAAGCAGCGCCCAGACCUGCGCGCCAACCCGCUGCACGGCAGCCCCGCCGCCCUGCGCCGCCUGCUGAUCGACGUGGUGCCCCCCAAGUUCCUGGGCGACUCCCUGCUGCUGCUCAGCUGCCUGUGCGAGCUGUCCAAGGAGGACAGCAAGCCGCUCUUCGCCUGGUGAGCCGCCGCACCGCGGGUCGGAGAGGAGAGGGCAGGCCCCGCCCGGCACCGCCAGCAUUAAAGCUCUGUUCACCA